AUGGCCGUAAAUGGGAAAUCUGACCGAUCUUUGCUCACAAUGACCGAAGAGAGAAAAACUGCCGAGGCGAAGAGGAUGAACGAGUCCUCCAAGCGGCGCCUUAUGCUCGGCAUGCAGGGGAAGAAAAAAGGGCGGCAAGCCGGAACAGCACUGGCGUCUUCGGGAGGGGUUGACCCCGAUGACCUAACCCUCAACGAGCAUCGUCGUCAGAUGAACGCUGAAUCGGCGCAUGCCGAAGCGGCCGAUGCCGGUCCGUCUCCCAGCCGAGGUAUGACUGCCGAGGGUACCUCCUCCAAAGCUGCCGGCAACAAGCAUGACCUUCCAUACUUCACAUGA